UUACCUUCCUUCCGGAUUCACCUGCCUGUCCGCCUGCGCUGGAGUUGAAGGAUGCGGCUGCGCUCCGGGGUCUUUGCUUCUUUCUGCCUGGCGGUGCAGGCCUUGGGCGUGGGGCUUUUCCUUAGAGGCUUCUUCCCGGUGCAGGUCAGAUCGUUGUUUCCGAGCGGGACCUUCGGCCAGGUGCCCGCAGAGCCUCCUAAGACAGAAGACAAAUCAGAAUGGACCAUGACGAUCCCGCCAAUUUUUAACAAAGUAGUUAUAGUGUUAAUUGAUGCCUUGAGAGAUGACUUCGUUUUUGGUUCAAAAGGUCUAAAGUUCAUGCCGUAUACAACAGACCUGGUGGAAAAAGGAACAACACAUGCUUUUAUAGCAGAAGCCAAGGCACCUACUGUCACUAUGCCUCGAAUUAAAGCACUGAUGACUGGUAGAAUCCCAGGUUUCAUUGAUGUAAUCAUGAACCUUAACUCUCCAGCUUUGAAGGAAGACAACUUAAUAUGGCAGGCCAAAACUGCUGGGAAAAGAAUGAUUUUCUAUGGUGAUGAUACCUGGAUUAAGCUGUUUCCAAAGCAUUUUGUUGAAUAUGAUGGGACAACAUCUUUUUUUGUCUCAGACUACACAGAGGUUGACAACAAUGUUACUAGACAUUUGAAUAAUGUAUUGAAAAGAGAAGACUGGGACAUACUCAUUCUUCACUAUUUGGGAUUGGAUCAUAUUGGUCAUCUGAGUGGACCAAACAGUCCUUUGAUAGGACCAAAGCUUUCUGAAAUGGAUAACAUUAUCUCGAAGAUUCAUAAGUCUCUGCUCUCCAAGGAACUGGAAAAAGGAACUUUGCCCAAUUUACUUGUUGUAUGUGGUGACCAUGGCAUGUCUGAAACAGGAAACCAUGGGGGUUCCUCAGAAAGUGAAAUUCGCACCCCCUUGCUUUUUGUCAGCUCUGCUUUUCAAAGAACAGGUGGUCCCCCAAAGUAUCCAGAACUUAUCCAACAGACUGAUUUGGCUGUCACCUUAGCAUUAGGACUUGGCUUGCCGAUUUCAAGAAACAACGUUGGGAAGCUUCUGUCCCCUGUGAUAGAGUGGAAGACAGCUAGAGAACAGCUACGGUUGUUGCAUUUGAAUGGUUUCCAACUCAGUCAACUUCUUAAAGGGAAUGUUCCUACAUAUGAGAAAGAUCCUGGAUUUGAAAUGUUUAUGAAGGCAGAAAAAGCUCAUGGGAAUUGGAUUCAAUACUACGUGGACGGUAGUAGUACACAAGUUGUCAUGAAUUUGAGCAAGAAAAUCAUAAAACAAUAUUUGGAAGCUCUCAAGAGCCUGAGUUCUUCUUUAAGCCAGCAAGUAGCCCAGUAUGACAUAUAUUCAAUGAUAAUAGGAAUGAUGAUUGUUCUGGAGGUGCUGUUCUUACUCUUACUGAGCCUUCCAAAAGCCCUGAGCAGCAAAGCUGAAUUUCAGAUGCCAAACUCAUCCACGUGUUCUCUGAUGUUCUUCUUGAUGUGCCUUUUAUGGAGUGCCAUUCAUGUAGUUGUGUGUACCUCCAUGGAAAGUUUAUGCUAUUUUUGCAGCAUUCCCUGGAUUGUGGUAACUGGAGUUAUCAUCCUGGCUUCGGGGCUUUUUUGGGUCAUAAUUUCCCUUCUGGAAAGGCGGGUUAUAAAUUCAAGACAACCGUUGAAGAAUCCAGCUGCUGCUCCUUCUAGUUGGUCUGAAUUAGAUGUGCUGAUCCUGGCAGGCACCAUUGGCCAUAUUUCAAGUCUGGGUGCCAGCAGCUUUAUCGAAGAAGAACACCAAACCUGGUACUUCCUGAUCAAUACCCUUUGCCUUGCCCUCUGCCAAGAAAUCUGCAGGCACUAUUUCUUGACCAAGGACGGUGAUCUGCAGAUCCCCACCACGAACAAGGCAAAGGCAGAAGAAAUGAAAGAAACUCCUCCCCACUACAGAAGUGAUGUUGAAAUAACAGAGGAUGAGCUGAAGAUGGGCAGAGGGGACGAUCCGGUAAGCGUGAAUACCUUUGAGAAGUGGAUGGCCUUAGCGACUCCGUGGCUCAUCCUUAUCAUCUGUAGAGUGCUCCGUUCGUUGAAUCAAACUGGAGUCCAGUGGGCCCAUAGGCCAGAUUUUGGACAUUGGCUGACAAGCUCCGAACAUAAAGCUGAACUCUCUCUUCUGGCAUCAGUAUCUCUAGUUAUGAUCUUUAUACUUGUUCAUCAAAGAUGUUCUUUGGUUUCGAAAAUAGCAAUGGCACUUGGACUCUUGGGAGUGUACAGUUACCGGGCAGCAAUAGGAAAUGUGGAAUUUCCAUGGCAACGAGACAGAAAAGAUAUUUCAAAGGGCACAAUCGAAGCACGUUUUGUUUACAUCUUUGUUCUUGGCAUCAUCUUCACAGGCACAAAAGAUUUAUUCAAAUCUCUAUUUUUUUCAACGGGUACUAAGAUCAAGUUUACAAGUUUAUGGGAAAUCUACAGUGGGCUGGUUCUGCUAUCAGCUCUCUUGUUCAGACCUCAUAAUUUACCAGUUUUGGUCUUGUGCCUAUUCAUUCAAACCAUGAUGAGAAACUACAUCUGGAAGCCACUAAAUUUUGAUGCAGCUCAAGUUACUAUCAUGCAUUAUUGGUUUGGACAAGCAUUUUUCUUUUUCCAGGGUAAUUCAAACGGCAUUGCUUCUGUGGAUGUUACAGCUGGCUUUGUUGGACUAAACGACUACGUAGAAAUUCCUGCCAUUUUUCUUACUGCGCUUGCAACAUACUCUGGGCCUCUGCUGUGGGCCAUUCAUUUGCUGUGUUAUUUGAGUUCUGAAGUGGACAGGAAUCCUGCAGCGAUUGGGCAUGGCUGUUUCUGUUAUGCACUGUUGCGCUCCAUCCCAGUUACGGUAUAUAUUAUUCUGAUCACAGGACUACGAUACCAUCUCUUUAUCUGGAGCGUCUUUUCACCAAAACUCCUCUACGAGGGAGUCCACACUUUCAUCACAGCGGCUGUGUGUACUUUCUUUACAGUGGUGGAUCACCAGCAGCGCAAAGACUGAAAUCCCGGGUCGCGCAGAAUUUUACCGUACUUAAUUUCUAACCGGGGACCAAAGUUUGACAAUAGAAUGAGAAUUCUUGCUGCUAGACUCCAAUGAAGUCUAGAAAUUAGUCUUUGAAUUUUUUUUUCUCCUGUUUUUCUUGGCUGUGGGCGUGACAAAACCAUCCUGAAGUGGCACUUGAAUGUAGAUGGCUGGGAAACUGAGUGACCGGAUUAGCUUUGUUGUAUAAAUGUUGUACAAUCACCUGCUUCCCUUCCCAGUGUCAGAUAUAGUGCCUUUCUAAAUUUGGAGUCCUUAUGCUGGGAUUUUAAGCAGGUUGAUCUUUGGAGUAUGCUGGAAUGUAACUGGGUUUAACUACAGUUAAAAACCCAUGCUGACCACUUCCGUAUGAAUAAAGGAGUUGUGGUUCUUACUGUUAAUCCUAUAUAAUUACAAGGUCUGCUUGUUUUUUGCAUUGUGCUUUGCCUAGUUCCAGUGAAGCUAUCAAUGCAAUAAGAGCUUUUGUUUAUCAUUCCAGCUUGUCGCAGAGACGGACUAUGAUUAGGACUGGGAAGGUUAGCAUUAGGUUCAAAAUCAACCAGCAAGCUUCCCUGUCUAAGUAAGGAUUAAACCUGGGUCUUUCUGCUCCUAGUGCAGAACUUAAUUAUAGGUUGUCCUUGACUUACAACAGUUCAUUUAGUGACCUUUCAAAGCUACAGCAUCACUGAAAGAAGUGACCAUUUUUCACACGACCAUUGUAGCAUCCUCAUGGUCACAUAAUCAAAAUUCAGACAGUGAGCUGACAACAGUGAACAGGCAACUGACUCAUAUUUAUGACGGUUCCAGUGUCCCGGGAUCAUAUGAUCAGCUUUUGCGACUUUCUGACGACCAAAGUCAGUGGGUAAACCACAUUUCACGACCGGAUUACUAACUUAACAACUGCUAUGAUUCACUUCACAAUGGUGGCAAGAA